AGAAGGCGUCGCCGCGCGGGAUCGAUGUUUAAAAAAAAACCCGAUUUUGAUAUUUUCCAGAUACAGUUCGAGCACCAGUGAAGGUUUUAGCUGAAAGUUGGAGUUAAACUCUCCAGAAGAACCGACCGGUGUCAGGUGCCCAGUGUGUCCGGGGCUCGUUGCCUGAACUCGGCUGCAGGACCUCACCUGCCCCGCUGAUCUCCUCCAUGUAGGGUCCCAGCUUCAUGCGGGGUCAUGAGGGGUCGCAGCCAUCGAGCUGGACGAGCUGCGAGGAAGAGGAGGCAGAAAUGUGAAAGCUCCGUGCAGUCAGUCUCUCUGUGUCAUCAGCUCCAGUAUGUGAGGCUCAUGAAGUUUCUCCACCAGCGAGGAUUCACCUCAUCCCUGCUGCAGCCGGCUCUCUUCACCGACACAGGUAGAGGCUUGCAGACUCUCAAAAAUAUAAAGCCCAGCCAGCUCAUCAUUUCUCUGCCCGAGUCGUGUCUCCUCACAACCUCCACUGUCCUCAUCAGCGACCUGGGGCCUUUCAUCAAGAGCUGGAAGCAGCGUGUCUCUCCCCUGGUGGCUCUCUGUGCGUUCCUCGUGUGUGAGCGGCUCAGAGGAGAAGCGUCUCACUGGUUCCCAUACAUCUCUGUGCUGCCUUCCUCUUACACCUGCCCCGUGUACUUCACCGACGACAUCAUGAGGCUUCUGCCUGCCUGUGUGCGGAGCAGGGCCUUCGAGCAGAGGGAGGCUGUGCGAGAGCUCCACUCCUCCAGUCGGGACUUCUUCAGAUCCCUGCAGCCAAUCCUGAGUCUGCCUGUGGAGGAGGUGUUCACAUAUGAAGCACUGAGGUGGGCGUGGUGCAGUGUCAACACACGUUCCGUCUUCAUGUCCCACCCGUCCAACGACUUCCUGUCCGGACAGGAUGUUUACGCUUUAGCUCCCUUCCUGGACCUGCUCAACCAUCAGCCUGACGUGCAGGUACAAGCGAGUUUCAAUAAUGUAACCAGAUGUUAUGACAUCAGCAGCGUCUCCGGAACGCCGCGCUACCAGCAGGCCUUCAUAAACUACGGUUCCCAUGACAACCAGCGCCUGUUGUUAGAGUAUGGCUUUGUCGCCCCCAACAACCCUCACAGUGUUGUGUAUGUAGACAAAGAUCUUCUCUGUGACGUUUUAAAAGGCGACAGGAGUUUGAUCCAGAAGAUGAAGUUUCUUCAAGAGAACAAACUGGUUCAGAACCUGACUGUGUCCAGUGACGGCCUCGGUUGGAGGCUGAUGACAGCUCUCAGACUGUUGUCCAUGCCACAAACACUGUAUCACCAGUGGAAGGCAGUGUUGCUCGGCCAGGCGGUGGGUGAAGAGAGGGAGGAGUGGAGUGUCCGCACGGCCGAGACGCUCUGUCAGCUACUUCUACAGGAUACACACACCGCUCUGGAUAAGAUCUCCGUCCUGCUGCAGCAGUGUGACCAGUCCGUCAGGGAGCAGCUUGACGUUGUCCAGUCACUGCGACAGGAGGAGAGGUGCAUCCUGGGACGCUGUCUUGAGGCACUGCGAGGCAUGAUGACACAACCGGAUGAACCGUUGCCAUGCCAACCUGAUGUUGACACUGGGAGCUGACAUCUGAUUGGUGCGCUUGUCCGCUCGCUGCAAGUUUUUGUUAAUAUCACUGGAGUAACUGGAGACGCUGGCCAGUCCCCAUGUUCCUGACAGAGGCUGCAGGACGUCCUGUGAUCAGGUUUGAUUCCUGCGACACUGUGAUACAGUGAGACGCUCACCACGACCAUCACAAGAGUCAAAGGUCUCAGACACAGUUCUCUAGAAUGACUCCUGUGUCCCUCUGGACUCAUGUAAAACUGAAUCAUGAGCAAACAGAGUUAAGAGGAAAACAACACUGAGGCUGAUUCGUCAACAAGAACUGGAAAUGUUUAUCAUGUUUUAAUUGUUUUAAUUUAUUAAUGAAAUGGCACAGUACAGUAAUAAUACAAAAGAUUCUCUUAUUUCCAAGAGUUGAAUUGGAUCGUUCAAGUAAAGUUCUUUUUAUGAUGGCAACAUAAAUUGCGAUAAAAAUUGAGAAGCUAUCUGCUCUCUGAGCGUCCAUCUAGUGUAAAGUUUGUGUUUAUUGACUUAAAUAUAGGUUUGUGGAUUCUCAGAGAAAUAUAAUGUGACAAACAGUGAUCACAGAGGCCUUGAUAUGAGUCACUGUCCCAUGGAAUCACACAUUCACAGGCUGGAUGUGAGAAUUAGAGCGUGAAUGUGUAUUUGAAGGAAAACCCCAUCAUAUGAGUUUCUGUUUCUCAGUGUUGAAAAGACGACGUAAGCUUUAUCUCCUUUAUCUUCCACACGAUGUUCGUUCUGACUUGUUUCAGACCCGAAAAACAAUCGUGUUUGAAUCAGUUCAUUCAUUAUGUUCAUUGAACUAAACGUUGCCUCAGAUCUCAGCAGAAUUACUCAGAGUUGAACAACUGCUUUUUUCUUCUGCCGACGCUGGACGGUCUCCAUGGCGACUGUGGCUUCGUAGAUAGAAACCGCCUCCUCCGGCUGAGGUCUGCAGACACAGAGAGGAACCCACAGAUUGGAUUUGAUUGGGUUAGAUUAUAGUGUGUGGAUCUGUGUG